GAGAAAAAAGCCAUCAACUUCUCUAUUUGCUGCAGUUAGAAGCAUAUAGGCUUAAAAUAAAUAGACAUCGCCAUUUCUCUUUCAUUCCUUCUUACUUACCUUUUUCUUUGGGUUUCUGGGGUUUGGUGUUUUGAGCUUUUGUGGUUUUGAUCUACUUCUUUGUGAGGUUAAAACUUUUGGAAUUUUAAAAUUUAGGUAUUUCUUGAAAUUCUUAGAGAUGGAGAGAGAUUUUAUGGGACUGAAUUCUAAAGAUUCUGUUGUUGUGGUUAAGGAAGAACCUGUUGAAACCUGCAAAGACUCUGGGUUUCGCUGGCAGUUGUCGAGCAAGGUGGGUAUACCUCAUUUCAUGUCUUUGAGCUCUGCUCAAGAUGAAAAGCCGACCAAAGCUCUAUCCUCCGCAGAUGGAGUUGACAGUUGUCUCAAACGUCAGUCUGGUGAAAUCCAGAUAUCUGCAGCUGCGACAAUGAAGCAGCAACUUCUUGGGGGAAUCCCUGUUACAGCUCCUCAUUCAAUACUUCCAUCGAGUGGCUCUGUGGCUGGGAUAACUGAACCUUGGUUUAAUUCCAAAGGUUCUGCAGCACCUGCUCAACUGACCAUCUUCUACGGUGGGACGGUCAAUGUCUUUGAUGAUAUCUCCCCUGAGAAGGCACAGGCUAUUAUGUUUUUGGCUGGAAAUGGUUGCGUUCCUCCUAAUGUGGUGCAACCAAGGUUUCAAGUUCAGGCAUCUACACCCAAACUUGCUGCUGUAGACGGCACUUGUGUGAACCAAACCCCAAACAUGCUACCUGCCUCAGGUCAUUCCAGCCCUAUGUCUGUUUCUUCUCAUCCCAUUGG